AUGGAAAAAGUGGUCUCCUUUCUCUCCCCGACAAAGGGAAGACGACCAAGACGCAUCCGGUCGGGCCAGAAAUCUGAAACAACGACUCCAGCGCCCGAAAUUCAUCGAUGGGUCUUCCUACUGUUUGUCAAGUUGUUGGCUCCCUCUACAAUAACGUUUCUGGCGUCGGAAACUCCGUUGACAACCAUUCUAGGUGUCUGGUAUCCGAUAGUCUUUACUUUCUACUUGCUUCAAAGACAGCAUCCUCGUGUCCUGUUCGGCAAAGCAAAGGCCAGAACGAAUGAGCAAAGACUGUGGUUACAUUAUUGGAGUAUGGUAGCCAGCUGGCAAUUUCUUCGACGGGCCAUCAUUGAUCCAGCCCUGAAAUCAACCUUCGGGUUCUUCUUUUUACUGCCAUGGAAGAUGAAACAGACAAUCCUAUCAUGCUUGGCGCAGGCUGAGCUUCUUGGCUACGUUUUGCUACUGUACCCAAUAAUCCAUUCCAAGACUUGGGAUGGCACCAUUCGCCUUACCACUGCACAAUGGAACCAUUCAAGUGUCAUUUAUAGAAUGUGGGAUCGCCACAUCUUGUCCAAGAUUGUCACGACAGAAGCGACUACUUCACUUUUGUCGAGUGCGCUUGCCAGCUUUUCGUUGGCUCCUUCUCCAACGAUCGAUAAAGACAAAGCAUGUGACGCUUUGUCGCCAUCCGAAUAUACUCCGGAAGAACAGCAGCACCCAUCGGACGUCACUUCCGCUGAAGAGAAAUCUUACUGGUCCUACUUGGAAAGGAUUUGCGAGAAGGCAUACCAACUGGUGACACAGAUGAUCAGCCUUGCUCAAUGGUUUGGGUUCAUUUCAGAAGAUACAGUAGCUUCAGCGAAAGCACUUUGGUCCAAAGUGAGAAGACUUCCUGCAGGGCUGGUGCUACCACCACUCUUUUUAGCAGUCAUGCCAAUCAAUUUUUGUGCACAGCUGGGUCUCCAGUAUCUUCAAUGGUUCUAUGCUGCCUCGUUUUCUCUCAAAGCCGCAAGCAUGCACAACACCAAGGACAUUGCAGGAAAUCGCAACCAAGGCAAACAGUGUGAAGAAACCUACUGGUUACAAUACUGGAUCGUCCACAGCACGUUUGUAUUUGGCGGCCUUGAUUAUGUUUCAUCACAAUUGCCGUCCUUGUUCAAGGGAUUGAUCCUGUGGAACUUUUGGCUGACGUUGGCUUGGAUUUGGCUCUUGCACGACAGCCUAGUAGUCCAAAGCAUGUUUGAUAUUCUGGCAGCAGAACUAGUAGGGCUUGGCCUCGUUGCAGAUGAAGUAGACGAUUCCAAAAGCAGAUACAAGGCUAACGGACAAAGUGCUCGUCAAAGACCAAACGUUUCCGAAACCAAGACUGCAAGAUUUGCCCAAUAUAUACUGCAGCAGUUACCUCGAGCCAGCCCUCAUUCCGAUACCGAGAGGGAAAACCUUGUGGUCAUGGAACAGAACAACAGGAAAUCGACACUGGAAGAAGACGAGCGAUCAUCUUGUGGUGAUUCCUAUCCAGAUCUGACAGAAGCCUCGUCAUCCCUUUCUUCGACAUCAUCCGUUUCAUAUUCAACGUCAUCAUCACCUGUACCUUCCAGCAACAAGCAAUCUGUUGUAGACAGUUCGGCUCAGUCUUCUACAACGGGCGACUUCGGUACUCCAAUGUCUGUCAAGGAUCGCCGCAAGAGGUUGCUACUUCGAUAUCGACAACAGCGAUCGAAGCAGUCAUCUCCUGUCUAA